UCUCUUUGCCCCGGGCGGGGAGCCGCCUGGGGUGUCGCCCGGGAGGAGGGUGUGACCCCGCCCCACUCCCUUGCCGCUGGACGGCAGCUUGAUUAAUGACUCUCCCGCCGUGGCGAAGUGGGCGGCCGCUCCCGUAAGCAGCCGGCUGCGGAGCGAAGGGGACUGGCGUUCAGGUGAGCUCGGGGUUCCCCACUGCAGACAGCCCGCCCCGUGCCUUAUAAAAGGCUCUGCCGGCAUCUGCCAGCGCGAGUGUGGGAGACGAGGGACAAUGUGACCGCGGAAGCAGGGAGGCUGCAAGCUCCGCGCAGACUAGACAGAGCUCGGCUCCCAGUCCGGACUGGAUCGGCGCCCGCCAGCCCUGCCUCCCUGCUCUGACCAGCUGCGCUCCGGGCAGCGCCAAGAGGAAAAAGAGAGCACUAAUGACAGCAGAUCUCCAACUUGGGAGAAACCAGGCUCUGUCAUAUAUGAAAUAUCUGGCAUACAUUCAGUAGUUUUGCCUGAGCAAAGGCUGCAGAAUCAGGUCCUUCAGGAGGUCCCUGUCCACCUGGGAAGUCACCAAUGGACUGUAGAAAUGUAUCUGAGAACAGCAAGGAGAUCUCCAGCUCUUGUUUGGAGCCUGAUUCACUGCUGGCCCCAGCAUCUGGCAGUGAUUCUUGCUCCUCCUCCUCAGCCGGACGAGUUGGGGCAACUGCUGGGAGACCAGCAGCUGCAAAUGCUGCCCGGGAGCGUAGCCGAGUGCAGACCCUUCGCCAUGCCUUCCUGGAGCUGCAGAGGACCCUCCCUGCUGUGCCACCUGACACCAAGCUCUCCAAGUUGGAUGUGCUGCUCCUAGCCACCACCUAUAUUGCACACCUCACCCGUAGCCUACAGGAUGAGGAAGAGUUGCCUGGGGAGGGUUUGGGCACCCUGAGAGGGGAUGGCUACCUGCACCCCGUCAAGAAAUGGCCAAUGCGAUCCAGGUUAUAUAUUGGAGCUACAGGACAGUUUUUGAAUCACUCUGUGCAAGCAGAAAAUGCAAACCAAGGAGAAACAUCAACAAAUUCACAAAGCUAAUCUACACCUUGUCCUUUUUGAAAAUUAUUAUAUUUAUUACACCAGAUAUAUUUAAGUUAAAACACAUUUUCAAACAAACUAUAAUUUGAUAUAUUGUUAAUGGAUGAGAGAGAACUGAUUCUUAAAUGUAUGUAAAACCACAUCAAGUAAAUGUGAAAUUUAAUUUGUCCCUAGCAGUGGUGGAAAUUGGUGAUGUCCAAAAUGGGUGGACAAAACUGAGACAACUGCACUCAGAGCUAACUUAAAGCAGCAGGCAGUGCAGUGAUACAGUACUCUUGAUGAAUCAAUACAGAGUAGGUACUGUACAAUACCCAGAACGAAGGAUUCACAGAAUAUGUUAUAUAGGAACAAAUGCAAUAUAAACCAUGUACAGUGCAAUGCAAGUUUCAACUAAAAAGCAAACAAGGCUGUCUAAAGAAAUACAAACAAGACCAAAGAGAUGUACACUUUCUACACUGUGGAUGAAAUCCUGGUUCCACUGAAGUCAAUGGCAGAACUCCCAAUGACUUCCAUACGGUCAGGAUUUCACCCUAAUAAUCUAAGAUGACCUUAAAUUUCUGAAUUUUCUCUGAAAAUGUGAAUGUAAGUUCAUUGUCAAGUGAAAGGUGUCCUGUAAUCCCCCGUCUCCCCAACAGAAACAAAUGCAAACUGCUUUGUAGAUUAAAUGUAGCAGUAAUAUAUGUUUACAAUAUAAAUUAAAUAUUGCUUGUAUUGGUCUAUAUUAUAGUGUUACAUGGUUUGAAAUGUACAAAAUGUGUUUGGGGAUUAAUUCAAAGGUAUAACUUGUUUGCUUAUAUAGCAGGAAUUAUUUACAUUGUCUUUAAGGAAUGUGAUGUAUUCAAGAAAACUGAGACUUUAUGUUAGGCUGAUUCACUACACCCGGUUCAGUUAAAACAUUUGCUGUAAAUAGGCAACAGUAUCUGAAAUUAAAUACAUAGUGAGAUAUCAUUCAAUAGUUUCCAUUAUGUAAAACUUUGUAUAUGAUUUACACAGUUUACUGUUGAUGCUAAAACUAACAUUUUAUUAAAUACUCUUAAUUAGAAACUUCUACAUAAAUUCAGCUGGGCUGCAAAUUAAUUUUUUAAAAUCUGCAUCAGCUUAAUUUCCGAUUGCACAAGAAACAAUAAACUUUUAUAAUAAUAAUAAUACUUUGCACCUUUAUAGUAACUUCCAUCUGAGGCUGUCUUAAUGAUUUAGGCCUCACAAUUCCAUUUCACAGAUUAAAAUUAAGCAUUGAAGGAUCAAGUUUUGUAAAAGUGCCCACUAAUUUUGGUGCUUCAAUUUUUGUGUGUCCCAUUUAGGACACUUAUGGUCUCACUUUCAGAGGUGAUAAGUAUUUCAGUGGGAGCUAAGAAUGCUCAGCCCCUCAGAAAUUUAGGUCCUAGGUGUCAUCCAGAAUCAGAGUGGACAUCCAAAAUCAGUAGAUAAAUCUGUAAUAGUGGCCUAAGGGAGUUGCCCAAUGUCAUAUAGGAAGCAUGCAGCAAACCAGGAACAGAACACAGGUCUCUUGAUUCCCAGUCCUGUGCUUUAACUACAAGAUCCCUGUUUUCCUUUAAAAUAUUUUGUUACAAAAAUAUUUUUCAAAUGUGUAUAAUUUAAAGAUGGUGUAUUAAGAAAUUAAUAACUACUGAACUUGACUGACAAUAUAACAAAGGUGAGAAUUUCUCUGACAGACAGAACGUUCUUCCAAUAAAACUCCUGAAAAAUGGCAUUUCUCUCAGAUUCAAGAUCUCUCUGAGACCUGUAAUUCUUCUUGCACUGAUAAGAAAAAAUAGUGAAACUUCUCCCCAAGAUGCAUAACAAUACUAAUGAUAGCACCCUUUACAAGCAUUAACCCUCACAAAACUCCCAUCAGAUAGGAAAGUAUUAUUCUUAUUUAUUUGUAUUACCAGUGCCUAGGAACCCUAGACAUGGACCAAGACCCCAGUAUGCUAGGCUCUCAACAAA